AAUGUUCUUAUUUUCAGAUUAAGGAUGGAGGUUUUUCCUAACUCCUCCAAGAAUGUGAUUGAUUGCUCUGAUUUUGGAAAUAGUUCCUGUCCUGAAAAUUUCAGGUCAGCAGGUGUUCGAGGAGCUAUGUACAUAUCCAUGAGUGGAGUAAUCGUUGUGACCAUCUUUGGGAAUUUGGGAAUCAUAAUUUCCAUUUCAUAUUUCAAGCAGCUGCACUCCCCAACUAACUUUCUCAUUCUCUCCAUGGCAAUCACUGACUUCCUGCUUGGCUUUUUCAUUAUGCCCUACAGCAUGAUCAGAUCUGUGGAGAACUGCUGGUAUUUUGGGAUGACCUUCUGCAAAAUCCACUACAGCUUUGACUUAAUGCUCUGCUUGGUUUCCAUUUUCCACCUCUGCUCCGUUGCUGUUGAUCGUUUCUAUGCCAUCUGCCACCCUCUUCACUAUUCGUAUAAAAUGACUAUCCCUACAAUUAGGCAAUUGAUUGUCAUUUGUUGGUCAUUGCCAGCUUCUUUUGCUUUUGUGGUGGUUUUCUCCAAAGCAUAUGCUUCCGGCAUCAAAAGCUAUGAGAUUUUACUUACAUGUUCUAGUUCUUGUCCAGUGUCAUUUAAUAAACUGUGGGGUGUAGUUCUGUUCUCAUUUGGCUUCUUCAUUCCUGGCUCUGUGAUGAUUGGAAUUUAUGCAAAAAUCUUUGAAGUGUCCCAAAAGCAUCUGAGGGUCAUGAAGACCACGCCCGAAAAUGUGGGUGAUGAAAAACCCAACCAGCUUUCCAAGAGAAAGAACAGGAAAGCAGCUAAGACCUUGAGUAUUGUGAUGGUGGUUUUCCUCGUGUGUUGGCUUCCAUGUUUCCUCACCAUUUUAAUCGACCCUUUUAUAGGGUUUUCCACUCCUGCAGUGUUGUUUGAUGCUUUAACAUGGUUUGGCUACUUCAGCUCCACCUGUAACCCAUUAAUAUAUGGCUUUUUUUACCCAUGGUUUCAAAAAGCACUUAGGUACAUUCUCGUAGGAAAGAUAUUCCACUCACAUUUCUACACUGCUAACCUGUUUCCUGAAAAUCAAUAA